AUGAAAUCUGAGUGUUUAUACAAUUCAAAUCGAGAUUCUUUGUUAAAAAGUCAACUACAUAAAAAAAAAAGACAAACAUUUACCUAAUAUACCACUAAUUCUGAAACGAAGGAGGAAUUCAUGAGCAGAUAAAAGAUUUACGAGAAAUUAUAUAAAUCCUAUUAGUAUAAGGAAUCAAUCCAAAAGGAAUUAAAGUAAUAAAAUCCAACUAAAGAAGGAGAUGGAAUUAAAAACUAGAUUCUUCAAAAAAGAGAAAUUUAUGCAAACUAUUUCAUAUAUAAAGACAAUCAAUUAGAGCAACAAUAGAGAUCAAUUGAAACAAUAGCUGAGUUUCUAAGGAACUAGAAGAAACUUGCUAUGGAUAAAUAAGUUCCAAUUGAAUGCAAAUAGAAAUAAUAUAACUUACUAAUGAUCCUAGUGAUUGCCCUACCUAUCUUAUGCAUCUUGACAGUUUUAGCGGAGCUUUGA